CUGCGAGGGCGGCGGGGCCGAGCUGAGGCGGUGGUUCGGCCAAGGUGACUCUGGGGUUGAAAUUGUCACCUUUUUUCCUACUUAAACAACGCGAAGAGCGGAAUUCACGUAGUGCCAUCAUGAUCCUGCAGCAGAUCUUGCGGCUCUCCUCCUUUUUCCACUCCGCUGUGUCCGUUCACGUGCGCAGGAACAUUGGGCUCUCUGCGAUUGUCUUCAACAAGACAAAAGAACUCGACCCGGUCCAGAAGCUCUUCUUGGACAAGAUCAGAGAGUACAACACGAAGAGCAAGCAAGCUGGAGGGCCUGUUGAUACAGGACCUGAAUUUCAAAAAGAUUUGAAUGAAUCCCUUGCAAGACUCCAACGGGCAUACGGUGAGGGAGAUCUCACCAAGUUUCCAGAAUUUAAAUUUGAGGAGCCCAAGUUUGAGGAGACUCCAAAGUGAUCUCUGCAGCUUGUACACCAAACAGCAAUGUACAGGCAUGGAGUUGCUGAAAAUGGCACCAGUUGUAAUUUAAUAAAUGUAGUACUUCAAUUUGA